AUGAGUCCAACAGUAUGUUUGCAAACACAAGGAGCCAGAUGCGAAAUGGAGAACUUUGAUGGGAGCCAUGUGUCUUCCUUAGGAUGACCAGGUAUUCCUUUACUUGUUCUUUUUUUUUUGCAAGAUCAUUUUUUUUUUUGGUAUCAAUACUAACUCCACGAAAUGCAGGCUCCAAAGUGGUACAGUUCAGAAGAUGCUGCCGUUCCAAGGCAAGCAAGAAAGACCGCUCGUCCACAAAAAUUGCGUCCAUCAUUAGUCCCAGGUACCGUCUUGAUCUUGUUGGCUGGCAGAUUCAGAGGUAAGAGAGUCGUAUACUUGAAGAGCUUGGAAGACAACACUUUAUUAGUUUCCGGUCCAUUCAAAGUCAACGGUGUCCCAUUGAGAAGAGUCAAUGCCAGAUACGUCAUUGCCACAUCCACCAAGGUCAACGUCGAAGGUGUCGAUGUUUCCAAGUUCAACGUUGAAUACUUUGCCAGAGAACAAAAGCCAAAAUCAAAGAAGACCGAAGCCGAGUUCUUCGAACAAGCUCCCGCCAAGAAGGAAAUCAAGGGCGAAAGAGUUGCUGACCAAAAAUCUGUUGAUGCUGCUUUGUUGUCUGAAAUCAAAAAGACUCCAUUGUUGAAACAAUACUUGGCUGCUUCAUUCUCAUUGAAGAGCGGAGACAAACCACACUUGUUGAAAUUCUAA